AUGUCUGUGUUAGUUUUACUAGCGUUUUGUGCCACUUUGUAUAUUCUGUGGUCCUGGUUAAGACCACGUCCUCAUUCACCCCCCAUAUUACCUGGAUCGCUUCCUUUAAUUGGACAUGCUCAUCAACUAUUUGGGAAUCGUAAACAUUUGUGGAUAUUUUUAAAAUAUAUAUAUGAUUAUUCAUUGAGGCAUGGCGGCGUUAUCGAGUUCUGGUUGGGUCCUCACACGUUUUACGUUGUCACCGACCCUGAUGAUAUAGGAACCGUAGCUAACGCAUGUUUAACCAAAUCAUACUUUUAUGAUUUUGCAAAGGAUUUCUUGAAUAAUGGUCUCAUUACUGCAGAUGCGGUUACGUGGAAAAGUCAUCGAAAACUCUUGAAUCCAGCAUUCAACCAGCAAGUUCUGAAUACUUUUAUGAAUGAAAUAAAUAUACAAGCACGAAGUCUAGUCUCUGAUCUAGAAGAGAAGGUUGGGAAGGAACCGUUUGAUGUACGGAACCAUUUCAUUGAAUUCACCCUAAAAACAGUUAGCCGCACAUCACUAGGAUUAGAUACUAAAGACCAGAAAAUGAUAGACAACGACUACGCCGAAGCAUUUCACUCCAUGUUAAAUUCAUACUGUGAACGAUCUCAAAAACUGUGGCUGCAUUUCUCCUUCGUGUUCAAUAUAUCAGCUUUAAAACGAAAACAAGCUCAAUUAAAAACAAAGCUGAAUGGGUAUAUUAAUCCUGUGAUUCGAAAACGUAAAAUGGAUUUGAAGACAAAGAGUUCAACUGAUGAUAAUGACACAACAAGACCAGGUAAAUUCAAACCCAUACUAGACCUGAUGUUACAUUUAGCUGAUGAAAAGGAUGCGUUCACAGACGACGAGAUUAGAGAGCACUUGGAUACUUUUGUAGCAGCUUCAUAUGAUACCACUUCUACAGCUCUGACUUACAUCAUGAUUUGUAUCGGGUCUUACAAAGAUGUCCAAGAGAAGAUUGUGGAAGAAAUACAAGAAGUAUUAGAGAAUGCUGACAGAGAUGUUGGUAAAGAAGAAUUAACGAAACUUGUUUACUUAGAAGCAGUAAUCAAAGAAACAUUAAGGCUGUAUCCAGUAGUUCCUUGGACUGGUAGAAAAAUUGACAUUAAUGUUAAAUUGAAGAACUAUACAUUAAAAGCUGGGACUACAUGCUUUAUGGGUAUUUACGGUCUCCAUUGUCACCCGAUGUGGGGUUCAGAUGUCAAGGAGUUCAAACCAGAGAGAUGGCUUAAUUCUGCAACCGUACCAGAUCAUCCUAAUGUUUACUCACCAUUUGGUAUUGGCAAGCGAUAUUGUAUAGGUAAACAAUACAGUAUGAUGGUGAUGAAGACGACGCUUGCACAUCUGCUUCGUCGGUACCGCAUUAAUAGUAACAUCGAAGAUCUUGUGUCAGAAUUUGAUGUCGUACUAAAACCAGUGUCAGGGCACCUUUUAACACUAUCAUCAAGAACUUAA